UCAAAUGAAGGCCAUCGUUUUCUGUUAGAACUGCAAAUCCCUGGUGAUACCGCGACCCUAGCGGAGUUCACGUGAGGUUUCUUUGGACAGCAACAAACUGGAAAGUCAGUGGCAAAGUUUCCUAAGAUUCAGCACUACCUGACCAUGUCAGAGCUAGUGACCCUCAACGUGGGAGGAAAACUGUAUACCACGUCUCUGGCAACGCUGACCCGUUAUCCAGACUCCAUGCUGGGCGCUAUGUUCAGCGGUACCAUGCCCACCAAAAAGGACAGCCAUGGGAACUGCUUCAUUGACCGGGACGGUAAGAUCUUUAGGCACGUUCUAAAUUUCCUGAGAACUUCGAACCUGGACCUUCCUGACGACUACAAAGAAAUGAAGCUUCUGAAAAGGGAGGCCGAUUUUUACCAGGUCCAGCCUUUGCUAGAGGCGCUGAAGGAGAAAGAAGCAGAGAUGUCUACGCAUGAGAAGAACGCAAUGCUGAACAUAACCCUGGAUCAGAAAAUGCAGACGGUGCAUUUCACGGUAAGGGAGGCGCCCCAGAUCUAUAGCCUGUCUUCCUCUAACAUGGACGUGUUUACUGCCAACAUAUUCUGCACUUCCGGCUUGUUCUUGAACAAACUGGGUACUAAACUCUGUUACUUCUUCAAUGGCAACCUCUCUACAGUAUGCAGUGAGCUGGAAGACCCGAAUCAUGUGGUGCUGCAGUGGGUGGCUACAGUGGAUGGUCUCCCAGAGGAAGAGUACACCAGACAGGCCCUGAAGAGGCUUUGGGUUUUGCCGGCAAAUAAGCAGAUCAACAGUUUCCGUGUGUUUGUGGAAGAGAUUCUUAAAAUAGCCAUGAGCGACGGCUUUUGCGUGGACUCCACUCACCCAGACUCUUCUGAUUUCAUGAACAACAAGAUUAUUCGGUUGACUCGAUAUAGGUAGACGGUGAAGUGCUGAACAGAGGAAGUCACUGAUACACUAAAUGGUUUAAACAUUUUGUGGUAAUAUUUGGUAACCUGCAUUAUGUGAAGUGCAAAUCAAUUAGCCAAAAGAAGUGCAAUUAGGUCUUAACCACUGUACUAAAACUGAUAUAGUGGUUUCUAGUGUCUGGUAAAUUUGCUUGAUGGUGUUUUGUUGUUCUUGCUACAGUAUUUGUUUCAGAGAAUGUUAUGGAGGGAUUUGAAUGGGUGGUUUAGCAGAUAUUUGGUACUAGCUAUCUCAUUUGCUUUUGCCAUUUGGAACAUCGUCUAUAUUUUUUAACUGUUUUACUAUAUUUAUAUGGAGUAAUAGAAAACUGUUUAGGUAUUAAAACUGAUACUGUCUCUAGGUCGGGUCUAAACAUCAAACCUGGCAUUCAGACCCUGUAUCUAUUCCAUAGUAUCUGUAUCACUGAAAUACUGCUGCUAAAUUGGUAAUAUGCCAUAGUGGACCUAUCCUUAAUGAUCGCUGUCUAGGACAUACAGAUAUACAGGCGCUCUGCUUUGUCAGGGAUAUUCAUCCCCUCUUAUGGGGAGGAAAUUUAAAUGGGCCAAACAGUCACAGGAGAAGCCUGUAUUCAUUGUAAGAAACACAAACCACAAAAAAAACGUAUUUUUGUUCUUUAACCACUACAGAGAUUUUGAAUAUGGUGAGAAAAAAAAAACAGUACAGCCUACCCUUUGAACAUAAUUUCAUGCUAGUGCUGUUUUUUCAGGUUUGCUUGGAAGAGCACCUAAGGAAUGCCUUGUGUCCAUUAUAUUGUGAAAUUGGGUUUUUCAAAAUUUAAAGAGGAGAUCAGGAUUUUUUUUUUUUUUUUUUAUCGUACUGCGAAGAUGGAUUUUGCUUUUAAAUAAUCAUAGAACAUAGAUAUAUAUUGUUUAAAUGUCCAUAGAAAACACACAGUAUAUGUCCAAAUGGAGUAUUAUAAUACAUGUUUCACAUACUGUAUUUAUUAAAGUUUUGUAAAUUAACAAA